ACAGAGCGUCUCACAACGUCACGGUGUUUAUCAAACGUGUCGUGACAUUUAUUUGUGAGGAUUUCGUACGUUUUUAAUGAUAAAUUCGAGAGAGCUUGGAAAAGAUAAAUUGAAGAUUCACAGAAGAAGGAGUUUGACAAAUUUCUUGUCGAGAUUUAGCUACGAAAAUCUCCAAGAGACGCCAUUUUAUACUCGAAAUACAUUAACCGCAAUUGUGAAACGUUCGUGAAUAAUUUUUGUGUGGAUUUCCGUGGUUUUUAUCUCGGGGAUGUGUGAAUCUUUCCAUUUUUGUAACUUAAAUGGUCUUGCUUCUUCCAGUGAUAUGAUUGUUACAGAGAUUUAAGCUUCUUACAGUCAGACUAGUCUCAGCAGUUUUCCUGCAACAACACACUUAUCAGAGUGCAAUAAGGACAAGAAUAUUACAACUUAAUCAUGGCUAUGCACACCGUUCCACCGAAGCGAAAAGAGAUCUACAAGUAUGAGGCCCCAUGGCCAUUGUACAGCAUGAACUGGUCGGUGAGACCCGACAAAAGAUUUCGUUUGGCACUGGGAAGUUUUGUAGAAGAGUACAACAACAAAGUACAGAUUGUUUCACUGGACGAAGAGACGUCUGAAUUUAGUGCUAAAAGUACAUUCGAUCAUCCUUAUCCCACUACAAAAAUUAUGUGGAUACCAGACAGUAAAGGUCUUUUUCCCGAUCUUCUCGCCACGUCUGGCGAUUACCUGAGAGUCUGGCGUGCUGCGGAGCCAGAGACUCGUUUAGAAUGUGUCCUGAACAACAAUAAAAACUCAGAUUUCUGUGCGCCACUUACAUCCUUUGAUUGGAACGAGGUGGAUCCAAAUCUAAUGGGGACUUCUAGCAUCGAUACUACAUGUACCAUAUGGUGUUUGGAGACAGGACAGGUGUUGGGCAGAGUGAACAUGGUUACUGGUCAUGUGAAAACCCAACUGAUUGCACACGACAAGGAAGUAUACGACAUCGCGUUUAGUCGCGCCGGAGGUGGUCGCGACAUGUUCGCGUCUGUCGGCGCUGAUGGAUCUGUGCGGAUGUUUGAUCUGCGACACUUGGAGCACUCGACGAUAAUCUACGAGGAUCCUCAACACACUCCGCUCCUGCGUUUGGCUUGGAACAAGCAGGAUCCCAAUUAUCUCGCUACUGUAGCGAUGGACGCGUGCGAAGUUAUCAUUCUCGAUGUUCGUGUGCCGUGCACGCCAGUCGCGAGAUUAAGUAAUCACAGAGCCAGUGUUAAUGGUAUAGCUUGGGCUCCACAUUCGUCUUGUCAUAUUUGUACAGCUGGUGAUGAUAACCAAGCCUUGAUUUGGGAUAUUCAACAAAUGCCAAGAGCGAUUGAGGAUCCUAUACUCGCUUACACCGCCGCAGAAGGUGAAGUUAAUCAGAUUCAGUGGGGCGCUACGCAGCCUGAUUGGAUAGCCAUUUGUUACAACAAAGCGGCCGAGAUUCUUCGAGUUUAAAUUAAAGACUGUCUUCACAUCGAAACAUCCUGUCCAGCAGGGAAACUAUAAACACCAUCGUUUCGUUUCUUUUAUUUUAAUUGUAUAUAUACGUUUAUAGAAAUAUAUACUUGAUAAUAAUAGAAAUAAUGAUUUAAAAUUGUUCGGGUCAUUAAAUCGGUCGGUUUAAACCGGUUUUUUAAAUUGUGUGGACAUUCAUACAAUUUUAUAGUUUACUGUUAUUACAACAGUAACCAUAAUGUAGUAUUAGUUUCCCGAAUGUGAUCAUGUUAUUGUGAUUACCCACAAUUUUUAGUAUGUAUUGUACAGAUUUUUAUAUAGAUGUAAAUUUUUGAUAUAUGAAGAUGUAUAUUAUAUAUAAUGACGCUCCCCCAAUUUUACGAAUACACCAUGUAUUCAAUGAUUAUAUCAUCAUUGAUAUAGAUACCGAAUUAGCAAGUUAAUUUAUCAGUAGCCCAUCAUAUAAUAAUAUUCAUUAGCAAUUCAAAAUGUAUUACGCAGAGAUUACCGAAUUAUUAUAUUAAAUUGAGGUUGACGCACACUUACAUAAAAAGGUAUAUUAAGAAUUAAUAAGAAUAAAAUUUUUACAAAAACAACAUGCAUGUAUUACAAUAAUAAUAAUAAUAUGAAAUAUCUUGCGAUUUACAAAUGUUAAACGAGCAAAAUGCAAUUAUUUACAAUAAUGAGCUCUGUGUAUGUACGAGUCCACAAUUCGGUCAAUUAUAUAAAAUGAAUGCGUCAAUUCUUCCGCAUUCAUUUUGAUUUAGACUGACAUUGCUGCGCGCGCGCGUGUAUGUGUGUGUGUGUGUGUAGACAUGAUUUUUUUUAGUACGCAAUUUCUCUUGCUAAUUCAAUAAAUAUUAUUAACUCUGAUACAGAGUAAAUAUA